GAGCUCAAGAUGGUUCUUGUGGUGAACGAUGAGUUGAAGAUGGGCAAGGGCAAGAUAGGCGCCCAGUGCGCGCACGCGGCGGUGGGCGCUGUGGAGCGGCUGCACGAACGGCGCCAGACGGCCGCUCUGCACCAGUGGGAGGCGUGCGGGCAGCCCAAGGUCUGCCUGCGCGGCGCCUCCACGCUGGAGCUGCGGCAGCUGCAGGCGGAGGCCGCCGCGCGCGGGCUGCCCACCUUCAUCGUGCAGGACGCGGGGCGCACGCAGGUGGCCCCCGGCAGCCGCACCGUGCUGGCCAUUGGCCCCGCCCCAAAGAGCGCAGUCAACCAGGUCACGGGGCACCUCAAGCUG